UUUCUAGAUUGAUUAAUUGAAGAAGACAAGUAGUGAAAAAAUGGAUGUUUUUCUCCUUUACUCACUUGUCUUCACAGUCCUUUACGUGUCCCUUUCCAUCAUUUACUUCAUCACUAAGGCCAAUACCUCAAACCCAAAUGUCCCGCCGGGCUCCACCGGCUGGCCGGUGGUCGGAGAAAACAUUGACAUGGUGGUGUCCGGGCCGGAGAAAUACAUUUCCGACAGGAUGAAGAAGUACUCGUCCGAGGUUUUCAAGACCUCGAUACUUGGGGAGAAAAUGGCCGUGUUUUGCGGCGCCGCCGGGAACAAGUUCUUGUUCUCCAACGAGAAUACCCUCCUGACCACGUGGUGGCCGCAAUCGGUGACGAAGCCGCUGCUGUGCCCCACCGCCGCCCAAAGCACCAUCCAGAAGGUCACGCUUCUCAACCGGACCUUCAUCCACGAGAUUCUCAAGCCGGAGAAUCUCAAACACUAUAUCCCCACCAUGGAUUCCAUGGCCAAGGAACAUAUCGCCCAGGAGUGGGCCCCGCCGGAGAAGUCAAGGUUUAAGCGAGAAGUCAAGGUUUACCCUCUCUCCAAAUCAUACACCUUCACAUUGGCGUGCAAGUUGUUCUUGAGCAUUGAGGGCCACAAGGAGGUUAAAAAACUGUCGGACCCUUUCAUCCUCCUCACCUCCGGCCUGUUAAGCCUGCCGAUCAACCUCCCUGGCACCGCCUACAACAACGCCAUAAAAGGCGGGGGCAUGGUGCGGUGUCAGCUCAUGGAGGUGAUUAAGGAGAGGAAGGCGGAGGCGAUGAUGAGUAGUUCAGGUAAGGUGGAGGAUGAGGGGCGAGACUUGCUGGCCCGCCUCCUCAGCGCCACCGAUGAGGAGGGACAACAUAUGAACGAGGAAGAGAUUUGCAACAAUAUUGUUGGACUCCUCAUUGCUAGCUACGAUACUACCAGUGCCGCCAUAACUUUUAUAUUGAAGUAUCUUGCAGAACUUCCCCAUAUUUAUGAACAAGUCUAUAAAGAACAAAUGGAGAUUGCCAAGUCCAAGGGUCCAAAAGAGAGAUUGAGUUGGGAAGACAUUCAGAAGAUGAAAUAUUCAUGGAAUGUAGCAUGUGAAGCACUAAGGAUAUUCCCACCAGGGCAAGGUGCCUUUAGAGAGGCUGUCACUGAUUUUACCUAUGCUGGAUUUACUAUUCCAAAAGGAUGGAAGACGUUUUGGAGUGUGUACUCAACACACAAGAAUCCUAAAUAUUUUCCAGAACCAGAAAAAUUUGAUCCAUCAAGAUUCGAGGGAAGUGGACCAGCACCCUACACUUAUGUGCCGUUCGGCGGCGGGCCGAGAAUGUGUCCCGGAAAAGAGUACGCUCGGCUGGCAGUGCUUGUGUUCAUACACAAUGUUGUCACCAACUUUAAAAUGAAGAAACUUGUGCCAGAUGAAAAGAUAGUCUACCAUACAUCGCCGAUUCCACUCAAUGCCCUUCCUGUCAGACUUACACCCCAUCACAAAUAACUCUUUUGCUGCACUGCAAAAUAUAUACAUAUAUAUGCUUAAUAAAUCAAAUACUUGUAUUUCUCUCUCUCUCUCUAUUAAUAUAAUCCCAAUAAAAUAUGAGAUGAAGAAAUUUUUUAGGCUCUUCUUCUAUGUAAA